AUGACCAUAGAUCAAGAAGAAGAAUUUCCAACUUACAAUGAAUUUAGAUCAGACACAUUUACCGUGCCAACCAAAUCCAUGAUUGAAGCAGGUUUCACCAAUGCAACCUAUGGUGAUGCUGUUUAUUUUGAUCCAAAAACUGUUGAAUUAGAAACCAUGGUUGCUGAAAUUGCUGGUAAAGAAGCAGGUUGUUUUACUGUAUCAGGUACAUUAUCAAAUCAAAUUGGUCUUCGAGUAAAUUUAUAUCAACCUCCUUAUUCAAUAUUAUGUGAUUAUAGAUCACACGUUUAUUUACAUGAAGCUGGUGGUUUAGCUACAUUAUGUCAAGCAAUGGUACAUCCAAUUGUACCUAAAAAUGGAGUAUAUUUAACAUUUGAAGAUGUUUGGAAUAAUAUAACAUGGGAUGAUGGAGAUGUUCAUGCCGCACCAACAAAAGUUAUUAGUUUAGAAAAUACUUUACAUGGUAUAAUAUUACCAAUUGAAGAAAUUGCAAAAAUUUCACAAUUAUGUAGAGAAAAUAAUAUUAAAUUACAUUUAGAUGGUGCAAGAUUAUGGAAUGCAAGUAUUGAAACUGGUAUAUCCAUAAAAGAAUAUUGUUCAUAUUUUGAUUCUGUUUCAUUAUGUUUAUCAAAAUCAUUAGGUGCACCAAUGGGUUCAAUUUUAGUUGGUGAUGAAGAUUUUAUUGCAAAAGCAAAUCAUUUUAAAAAGCAAAAUGGAGGUGGUAUAAGACAAAGUGGUAUAUAUGCAGCUAUGGCAAUUCAUGCAAUAGAAAAUAAUUUAUCAAAGAUUAAGAGGUCUCAUGAAUUGGCAAAACAAGUUGGUAAAUUUUGUAUUGAUAAAGGUAUAAAAUUAGAAUCACCAGUUGAUACAAAUUUUAUAUUUAUAGAUUUAAAAGCAAAUAAUAUGGAUGAUAAAUAUUUAAUAACAUUAGGUAAAGAGAAAUAUGAUCUAAAUUUAAUGGGAGGUAGAAUAGCAUUUCAUUUUCAAUUAAACCAAGAAAGUGUAAAUAAAUUAAAAGCAUGUAUAUUGGAAUGUUUUGAAUAUAAUAAAAUACAUCCAUGGAAACCAGAUGGAAGAAAUAACAAGAAAAUGUAUAAUUUUGAUGCAAUGAAGUAUAGAAGUUCAACUUAA